UGUGUUUUGAAAUCUUUUGUGCUAAAUGCUUUGAUGCUUCUGAAAAUCAGUGUCGAAGGAGUUUAUGACGCCGAUGUCAAAUAGUUUGAAGGAUUUUGUGGUGUCCCAAUGUCCCAACCGUGUCUUUUACAUCCCCGAUUUCAUAUCAGAAGUAAAAGAGCAAGAGCUGCUACGUCAUAUUUACUCCGCGCCCAAACCCAAGUGGGUUCAUCUGUCCAACCGUAGAUUGCAGAAUUGGGGAGGAAUUCCACACGCGAAAGGAAUGAUACAGGAUGCGAUCCCAACUUGGCUGCAGAAAUGCAUCGAUGAUGUCACCGUCCAGUUAGCCGAUGUGCUUCCAGCGGACACGAAACCGAACCACGUUCUAAUCAAUGAGUACGAAGCAAGUCAAGGUAUAAUGCCACACGUCGAUGGACCACUAUACUACCCAGUGAUAGCGACGAUCAGCCUCGAAUCUCCAGUUCUACUGGACCUAUAUUCAUCAUCUGCAUCAUCAUCAUCAUCAUUGACAACCUGUGCUGAAUCUAAAAAUGGGGUCGAAGUUGAUUCUACCUCCAAGCACUCAAGCAUUUCUAAUUCUAAAACUGAUCUUAAAUACGAUCCUGCAACAAACUCCGUACCCGAAUAUGAUCCCAUGACAUCAAGUGAGGUCAAAAGCGAAUCUGAAGUUAUGGUUUCUUCUGGCGAUUCAGUGAAGUUAGAUAGAAUCGGAUCUGUUUAUCUGCAGCCAAGAAGUUUGUACGUUGCGACUGAAAAUGUAUACACUGAGUAUCUCCAUGGCAUUAGAGAGGAAAUUAAUUUUGACUUGAAAAGUGAGAAAAUUCUGAAUGUUGAUGUUCUGGAGAAAGCUGAAAAAUUUGAUUAUUUAGAUAUGCUAGAGAGAAGUAAAAGAGUUUCGAUAACAAUAAGACAUGUACCAAAAGUACUGAAAAAUAAAUUGUUUAUACGCUGACGAUGAGUUUUAUAUGAUUUAAAACUCCUACUACAAAAAAUGGUAAUU